AUGGAACCUCAAGAAGUAAGCAUUCUUUUACUGGGCGAUGCCGACGUUGGCAAGACCACCUUUCUCUCCCGCCUAGCUCUGGGUCCAAACAACAACAAAUCCCCCCUACCUGCUNNUUUACGAGAUCUCGAUCAACCAUUCACUUUUGAGCUGCGUGGCCGCACGCGACCCUACACUUUAGAGUUUUACGACACAUCAUCUCCCACGUCUUACACUUUACUACGACCCAACUUGAUCCUCCUAUGCUUCUCGAUCACCUCCCGGGACUCUUUGAACUCUCUCAAAGGCCAAUGGAAGAACAUUGUAGAAACGCACUUCAACUAUGACGAAAGCAUUCCUGUCAUUGUGCUUGGCCUGCAGAGAGACUUGCGCAGAGACAAUGUCGAGGGUAUGGUGUUUCCACAGGAAGCAUUGAGGGUUGCGGCCGAGAUGAGGUGUGAUCGGUAUUGCGAGUGUAGUGCUGUGACAGGCGAGCUCUGUGCUGAGGUUUGGGAGGAUAUCGUCAAGACAGCCGUAGCGACGACUACGGACAAGGGCGGAAAGUCUGAUCCGCCGCCUUGUAUACUAAUGUAA